GUUGCCACGGUUUCCAUAUUCUGACGCUACCGGGUGUUUUUGACAUGAGAGCUAAUUAGCUUAGCAGAAAAUACCAUGUGAUGAUAACACCUUUUUUUUUUUAUUAUUGUUUUUAUUUACACAUCAUGUGUAUGGGAUGUCUGAUAGUCUAAGUGAGACGAAUUGAAGCACAAUUGUGGCCUUUUGACGGUUGGACAAAAAGCAGUCAGCAUGAGUGCAUCUGCCCUGAAAAUAGGAGACCAGCUGAUCCUGGAAGAAGAUUAUGAUGAGAACUACAUUCCGUCUGAACAAGAGAUACAUGAAUAUGCCCGAGAGAUCGGGAUCGACCCUGAGCGGGAGCCAGAGCUCCUGUGGUUGGCUCGAGAGGGCAUUGUUGCCCCUCUACCUGCAGAAUGGAAGCCCUGUCAGGAUGUGACCGGAGAUGUUUACUACUUCAACUUCACCACUGGUCAGUCCACGUGGGACCACCCAUGUGACGAGCAGUACCGCCGCCUAGUGACUCAGGAGAGGGAGCGCAGUUCAGGCUCUGCUCAUGUCAGGAAUGACAAGGAAAAGAAGAAGAAGAAAGAGAAGAAGGAGAAGAAAAAGGAGAGAAAAAAGAGCGAACCAGAGGGUCCGAAAGCAUCAGGACCUCUGGGUCCUCUUGCUCCUCUCAGAAGUGUGUGUGACACUGCAGUUCCAGCGCUCCGUGGUUCCUUGGGCAGCUCCUCCGGCCCACAACUGAAAACUCCACUAGGGGGCUCCAGGAUGAACUCCGGGUUGCAUAGGGGACGUCAAGAGGAGCGUCCAUCUCUGGCCCCGCCCAAACGUUAUUCCGAUGAUGAAGAGGAUGAAGAGGAAGUGCAGAAAAAGAUCUCAAUUCCUCCGAGUCUGUGUGGUACAUCGCGCCUGCUACAGAAUCUCCACCUCGACUUGGAUGCUCUGGGAGGAGGACUGCAGUAUGAGGACAGUGAGGUGAGCAGAACAGCUCCGGCUGAGGAGAAAACCGAACCAGAGCUUCAAGAUCUUGCACUGUCAGGAGAAAUCAGUGGCAACCCUCCAUCUCCAUCUCAGGACUCACUACGAGGGCGUCGUCUCUCCCCCAAGCAGCUAGGGGGCAGCAGAGAUUGCAGCAGCGCUGACGUUUUCCCUCCAAGUCGGCAGGGUGAGAGUUUUGCCGAAGACGAAUUAAUCCCGUUAGAGAUGGAGUCUGAAGAACGAACAGGGAGUGAAGAAGAAGAGGUAGAGGAGGAAAGGCAAAGUGAGAGGGAUGAGGAAAUGAUCAAACAGUUGGACAGAGAGACAAAGAGUGAUGUGGAGAUACCGAAAGCAAGGGAUGGGUUGGAGGAGAGCGAAACACCAAACAGCGAUGAGAUAAUGGAGAAAUACGUAGAUCAGGUGUAUUCUGGAGAGGAAGAGGAGCAGAGUGAGAGGGAUGAAGAACAAAUGGGGGAAGAAGGAGAAAACAACUGCGCCAUACUUAAUGAGACUGUAGAAGAGAAGGAGGAAAUGGAGCUCAGUAAUAGAGUCCGACAGGAGAAAGCGACAGCGGAGAGACGCAGAAGUAGUUCAGAAGAAAAGAGAGAUGAAGCAGAUGCGGGUAGAAGCGAGGGAGAGGAGAAAACGAGUGUGAAGCACACUGAGGAAGAUGAGGGGAACUACAACGAUUCGAAGGCGACAAAGAUGUCUGAGAGCGAGGAUGAAGAGAUCGAACGAAUAGAGCGCACAAAAGAAAACACUGACAAGCUGCUCCAGCAGACAGGCAUGCUGGGUAAAAAACGGCUUCCUCGCAGUGAUCGACUUCCCAGUGAGGAAUCGGAGAUCAGCGAGCACGUUGAAGUUGUAUCUAGCCAUUCUGUUGGCAUGAAGGUGAGGUUCCGUUCCAACUUUUCAGAGAACGUUCUAGACCUGAGUGAUCUCUGCCUGGCUGAUCCCAAAGCAGCUCCAGAGGAAAAAGAAAAGUAUGACAGGAGAGAGGCAUAUGAGGAUGACUAUGAGAAGGAGGAGGAAGAGAUAAGAGGCGAAGCUACAAAGAGCGGCCACAGAAAGAGCUCGGGUUUAGACAAGUGGCUCCCCGAUCACACGCAGGAAACACCGUCAUCUUCCUCUGUCUCUAAGCAUGAGGACGUAGAAGGAGAAAGAAGAAUGAGGGUUGACAAGGAAGAAAAGGAAAGGAAGCACGAGACUAAAGACAGAACUAAAAAAGGACAGGAAGAGAGCAAAGAGGUGAAGGACAGAAGAAGGCAUGAUGAAGAGCUGAGAACGAGGAGGGAGGAGGAGGAGAAGGAAACACAGAGGCAGGUGGAGGAGGAGAGGUUGAGAGCGGUGGAGGAGCGGGACAAAAAACUGCAACUCCUCCGAGACCAGAUGAGAAGAGAAGAGGAAGAGGAGGAGCGAAGGAUCAGGGAGGAGAAUGAGAAAAGGAUCAGGGCCCUUAAAGAGCGGCUGCAAAGAGAGAGGGAAGAGGAGGAGGAGCGUUUGGACCAGGAAACACGGACCAAACUACAGCAACUCCGAGAGCAUGCGCUGAGGGACAGAGACACACACCUACACAAACUCAGGGAGGAGAACGAGAAGAGGGCGAGCGAGGUGCGUGCUGAAUUGGAGGCAGAGAGAGAGAGACUGGAGGCACAGAGGAGGCGGGAAUUGGAGAAAAUGACAGAGGAGUCAGAGGAGGAGUUGAAGGCUGAGAAAAGGCGGCUUCAGGAGAAGUGGGAGGAGCAGUUAUCUUCACUUAGAGCGGAGGAGACAACCAGCAACAGAAAGCAAGACCUGAGAAGUCCUCAACCUCAACAGCAACUACUGGAUUAUAAAAGAGAGCUGUCUGAGGUGCUGCAGGAAGUAAGGGAUGAGGUGCAGCGGGAGCAUAGCAGGAAGCUGGAGCAGCUUAAAGAGGAGCAUCGAAACCAGCUGCAGACCAUGAGAGAAAUGCACUUGGAGGAGGAGAGUAAUGAGCGGGAGCGUGUGACGAGAGCACUAGAAGAGGAGAGAGCACAACUUCUCACCUCACACACAGCUCAAGUGGAGCAGCUCAGAUUGCAGCUGGACACACAGCUCUACAAUGUGCGCAGAACACACACUCAGAAGGAAGCCGAAGUGCAGGGGUUGAUUGAAAAACUUGAGCUGAAGACCAAAGAACUCAAAAUUCAAGAUUCAAGACUCCUGGCUCAGGCAGCAGAUUUAGAAAAGAGGCGGAAACAGUUGGACAAGGAUGAGAGAGGCUUAGAGACUCUUCCACAUCUCCUGGAAGAGAGAGAGCGUCUUCUUGUCGAUCUGGAGCGAGCGCGACAGGCGAGUGACCGAGAGAGGGAAGAGAGAAUGAGAGAGAGGGAGGAGAUGGAGAGAGAGCGGAAGAGAGAGUGGGAGGAAAACAGAAACAUGAAAGAUGAAAGAGAGAGACUGCAGAUCAAAGUGACCCUGCUGCAGGAAAAAUGUGAUCAACUCACACGAAGAGUCCGUGAGUUGGAGCAGAGAGAGAGUGCAGACUGUAAGGAAGAGGAGAAAAAAGAGCAAGAGGACGUGAGAAGGAACAGAGAGAGUGAGGAGUCACUGCGAGUGGAGGAUCUGGAACCUUCUCCAUCCCAUGGCACUCACAGCAACAUAGAGGAGCUGCGUGACUUCAUUUCAAGUGAGAAUGUAUCUCUGCAGAGAGCAAGACAGUUUUUAGACCGCCAUAACGGCAAUCUGAGAGACAGACAGACGAUGCUCAAGGUGGCCCGGACCACCCUUCAGGACCCCUCCCCAGGGGGCGUGGCCCAUUUACUCCCCGAAAACAUCCAGCAGGAGGCGAGUCGCUUGGAAGAGCUGAAACAGACUGUGCAGAAGGGUCACAAGCUACUGAGAAAGAAAGAGGAGAGGCUGAGCCAACUGGAGAACUCGCUGGUCGAGGAGCUGUCCUGUGACGAUGCGGAGAGGACGGAGGCAGAGCGAAGAGUCACGUUUGAUGUUACAGACUCAGAAGCGAGCAGUGUGUACAGUCAAGACGGAGCAGUUCCAGUGAAGGUGCAGCAUUUAGCUGACUCGCUGCAGCAGAUCUCCAGCCAGCUGAACAUGGUGUUAGGAGCACUGGGAUCUCUGGCCCCGAAAACCUCCUCAUCCACAUCCACAUCCUUACCUCGAACCUCCUCAUUUCCUCCUGCUUCGUCCUGGGCGUGGCCUUCGAACACCGCCUCGUCCUCCGGAGCCAAGCAGAACGGCUUCACACACAGCAGCAUGAACGGAGUCACGGCACUGCGAGGCUCUGAUCUGCUGCUCAACUCCAGCUGGAGAAAUCUCCUCCCAGGUAGGGUUUCCAUGGACACCACCUUUUCCACAAGAGCUCACACGGCGCAUUCUGGAUACAUGCCAACAAGUCUCUCUUCCAUGAUGCAGUCUAAAUCGUCAGAGUUGGACAGUCUGAGACUGCGUGGAUUAAUUGAGGGCAACAAAAGAUGGCUGGAGACACGACGGAAAGACACUAAUGUACCUCUGUUCACACGCUACCAGGUUCCCCCAUCUUCAAAUGGUUUGGUCCAACUCAGCUUGGAUGAAAACAAUCAGAUCAGAGUGCACCAUUACUGAGGGGAGGGGGGGGGGGGAUUCAGUAGAAGUUUAUUUGACUGUUAAUUUUACAUAGGAUUUUAAAAGCAACAAAUAGUGACACUAAUGAGGUCCUUGAAACACAGAACAGAGACCGAGAGAGAGAGCGAGAGACGGAGAGAGAGCGAGAGACGGAGAGAGAGCGAGAGACGGAGAGAGAGCGAGAGACGGAGAGAGAGCGAGAGACGGAGAGAGCGAGAGACGGAGAGAGCGAGAGACGGAGAGAGCGAGAGACGGAGAGAGCGAGAGACACGGAGAGAGCGAGAGACACGGAGAGAGCGAGAGACACGGAGAGAGAGCGAGAGACGGAGAGAGCGAGAGACGGAGAGAGCGAGAGACGGAGAGAGCGAGAGACGGAGAGAGCGAGAGAGACAGAGUGAGAGAGAGAGAGACCGAGACAGAGACGGAGAGAGACAGAGUGACAGAGACACAGAGAGAGAGACAGACAGACAGAGACACAGAGAGAGACAGACAGACAGAGACACAGAGAGACAGACAGACAGACACAGAGAGACAGACAGAGACACAGAGACAGACAGAGACACAGACAGACAGAGACACAGAGAGACAGACAGACAGACAGACACAGAGAGAGACAGACAGACAGAGACACAGACAGAGACACAGAGAGAGGGAGAGAGACGGAGAGAGAGACAGACAGACAGAGACACAGAGAGAGAGACACAGAGAGAGAGACACAGACGGAGAGAGAACACAAAUGUCUCUCAGGUAAGAGCCAUUAUAAUAUAUGAACUGUGGCUCAUGCAUCGGAUCGAAUGACUUCACUCAACGGGGAAAGGGUAGACGUGUGUAAUUUGGAACACAACCUCAGACAAACUGAGGUUAAUCCCAGUUGGACUCGCUAGCUCCGAACCCUCAACUGGGAACCGAACCGAAGACCACGUUAUACGACACAAGGUUAUUCUUAAAACCUACAGCACAGACUUAAUAAAAUAUUAAGGUACUGUAACGUCCAUUAACGCGUCUAUGAUGUGAAGCGGCACACAAAAACAAUCGACAAUCUCAGGGACACUCCUAGAUUUUAUAACCAGCAUUACAGCAGAACAAGAGAUCACCAGCAGCAUUUAUUUUAAACUCUUAAACAGGAGUGUGUUCUGAGUGUGUAUCAAAGUUUACAUAUUGCUGUUUGUGUAGUUGUGACUUAACAGUUAUUUUUGUACAAGCUGAAUAAAGCAGUUGUUGUUUGUAUAAAAUGAGGGGUGUGUGUUGGUUUGGGUGACUGGCGUGUGCUCGGUUCU